UUUCUUUUGGUUUUUGGUCUUUCCGAGGAACGCCCCAAACCCCAUUUCCGUUUCUCUUCUUCGCUCCACCGCCACCAACCAAACAUACAAGAAACGAAUCAGACUUUCUCUCUAGAAAUCCCAUCUUUCUCUUUCUCUCUUUCUCUUUUUCUUUCUGUUUCUCUCGGGAAAUCCCAUUGAAAGGAAAGAAGAGAAGGUGCUCAUUUUUCUCAUAGACGCGGUUGAUCAUCCACUCAUAGAUCCGGCGCCACAAAAUGAGAUCAAAGCGGGUGAAGAACGUCAAGCAAUCGUCGUGGCCCAAAUUGGUAGCAAGAAAAUGGCUGAACAUAAAGAGCAGAGCCGACGAAUUUCACUCUGAUUACUCAGAAAGAUUCGUGGCGGAGAAGAAGAGCCAGCGAAGGAAGAGCUGCUCAAACGGGGACUGCUGCGUCGUCGUACCGGAUGAUUUUUCAGGGUGGUUGAUGGAAGCGGCAAAUGGAUUUCAACGGCCCACACCAGCUGUCUCUGAUUCACUCAACCUGAGGAUGUUCGUGGGUACAUGGAACGUAGGAGGAAAGUCGCCGCACGCCGGGUUGAACUUGCGGGAUUGGCUCAGAGCUCCUUCUGCUCCUCCUCCUGACAUCUACGUCCUCGGGUUCCAGGAAAUCGUUCCCCUGAACGCAGGGAACGUACUGGGCGCAGAGGACUUCGGCCCAGCCGCCAAGUGGCUUUCUCUAAUUCGUCAGGCUCUCAAUGACGACAAGACCGACCCUGAACUUGCGCAAUAUUACAGCGGAGCCACUGGCGCCGACUGGAGCCAAUCCCCCUCCCCGUCCCAUUUUGACCACCAGGCCGGCUUGAAGCCAAGGCUCAGCUUCUCGGACCUGCUCUCGCUGGAGGACGAACUCGACAACGAAGAUUUUGAAAGAUUUCUAAAUCUGAACUCCGGCGACGAAGGCUCGCCCAGCCCGCCGUGCCGGUUCGCCGGACAUGUGAGUCCGAUGGCGCGACAGUACUGUUUGGCGGCGAGCAAGCAGAUGGUGGGUCUAUUCUUGUGCGUGUGGGUUCGGGCGGAUCUUAAUCCCUACAUUACCAAUUUGAAGGUUUCCUGCGUCGGGAGGGGGAUUAUGGGAUAUCUUGGAAAUAAGGGAUCAAUAUCAAUCAGCAUGACACUGCACCAGACAACAUUCUGCUUUGUGUGCACCCAUUUGACGUCAGGAGAGAAGGAAGGUGAUGAGGUCAGAAGGAAUUCAGAUGUUGCAGAAAUAUUAAAGAAAACUCGAUUUUCUCAUUCAUAUAGACAUCUUGGACACCCAAUCCCUCGCACCAUUUUGGAGCAUGAGAAAGAAGGAAAAGGAAAAAGAAAAGGAAAGGAAAGGAAUGAAAAAAGUAAGGUUAUUUGGCUUGGAGACUUGAAUUAUCGACUUGCAUGCAGUUGCAGUGACACACAUGAGCUACUAAGAAAAAAUGAUUGGCAAGACCUUUUAGAGAAAGAUCAACUAAGGAUAGAGCAAAGAGCUGGCCGGGUGUUUGAAGGGUGGGAAGAAGGAAGAAUACAUUUUGCUCCAACAUAUAAAUAUCUCACCAAUUCUGAUCAUUAUGUUGUGCAAAGCCCUGGAUCUAGAGAGAAGAGGCGCACACCUGCCUGGUGUGACAGAAUACUGUGGAGAGGUGAAGGGCUGAAGCAGAUAUGGUACCUGAGGGGAGAGUCCAGAUUCUCGGACCACAGACCCGUUUACUCCUUGUUCUCGGCCCGGGUCGACCCAUCAUCAUCAACCGCGCCACGUGGCACAAUCCUACUCUGACACAACCCCCACCACUUGCAUCAUGCAUUUCUCAUCAACCGUGCCCAAGCUCCCAUCCCAGGGCCCAAUUCCUAAGCUUGGGCGGCAGUCCUAAGGCCGUAGGCCGAAGCCCAAGCUCAAGCCUUUCCGAGAUGAUGAGCUUUUGAGUGGUCCGGGAGAAGGAGAAUGAUUUAGUGUCACGCGAGCAUGCGACAGGGCCUGCACGACACGUGGAUCUCAAGGAUAGGUGGUGAUGCUCGGGACACGUGGAUGUGGGAUAGGGGUGGUGGUGAUAUGGCGACAUGGGUUGGUGGUGAUUGGGAAGGCAAAGUGGAGGGAGAGAGGGAGAAGAUCGGAGAGCACAGAUAAAUGGGCCGCACAUGCUCUGGUCUUGUCUUUUGUAGUCUCAACAUUUUUGGGGCUAUGAGCUUUUUGAGUUGGGCUUUUUAGAUUUAGACGUAAGAGAUGGUUGUACAGUGUUCCGCUCUGUUUUUUUUUUUUCAGAAAAAUAUUUUGUGAAAAGACUUGGAGGCAAGAUGUGUACAUUGAAGUGAAAAUGGAGAUUUGUGCCUAAACAAGAAGUAAUAUGAAAAAUAAAUAUCCUUAGAAUUUUGGGAUUCUUAA